GCCCUGUAAGUCCCAAGUUCCACUUUUUAUUUUUGCAACAGCCGCUCAGAGUCCCCUCGUACUGUACAGGAGCUGCUCCUUUUACUGACAGUCAAGGGGAGAGCUACGUUGCGCCUCGCCAGCUCCCCGCCCCCUCGUCUCCCCCGCCCUUCCUUUCCUUCCCGUCGGUCUUGGCCUUGAAGAAAGCAGCGCACACUAGACCCUCCCCCGCUCCCGUUUCUUCACGCAGAGACCGCAGAUGGCGUCCGGUCCGGCAGGAAGAAGUUUCCCUCUCCUGUCUUCGCUCCUCGUCCUCUUUGGGCUGUCCGCUGGCCAGCCACCCUUUGAGGCCUUCAAGGCGGGACACAGCGCCUCCUCCCUGCCCGCCGCUGCUUCCGUAGCGCCUCUGAGACGGUACCUUUUGUACGAUGUAAACCCACCAGAAGGUUUUAACCUCCGUAGAGAUGUCUAUAUACGCAUUGCCUCUCUUAUAAAGACAUUGUUGAAAAAUGAAGCUUGGGUACUGGUUCUCCCUCCUUGGGGGCGUCUUUAUCACUGGCAAAGUCCUGACAUUCAUCAGAUCCGAAUUCCUUGGUCAGAAUUUUUUGAUGUUCCAGGCCUCAGUAAGAAUAUACCUGUUAUUGAGUAUGAACAGUUCAUUGCAGAAUCAGGUGGACCCUUUAUUAAUCAAGUGUAUGUCUUGCAAAAUUAUGCUGAAGGAUGGAAAGAGGGAACUUGGGAAGAAAAAAUAGAUGAGAGACCAUGCAUUGAUCAACUCACGUAUUCAACAGACAGUCAAAAUUACUAUAGAGGUUGGUUCUGGGGUUAUGAAGAAACACGGGGCCUUAAGUUGACUUGUUUGUCUGUUCAAGGCUCGACCUCUGUCAUAGCUCCUCUGCUUUUGAACAUCUCUGCUCGGUCAGUAAUGCUAGACAGAGCUGAAAAUCUUCUACAUGACCACUAUGGAGGAAAAGAUUAUUGGGAUACACGUCGCAGUAUGGUUUUUGCUAGACACCUUCGUAUGGUGGGCAACUUGUUCAGAACAGAACACUUAAACUCUACUGAUGAAAAGGACAGGACACAGUAUGAUGAGAACUGGACAAAGAUGAAGGUAAAGUUGGGCACAGCCAAAGGUGGCCCAUACCUUGGAGUUCAUCUCAGACGUAAAGACUUCAUCUGGGGUCACAGAAAUGAUGUGCCCAGCAUCGAGGGAGCUGUUAAGAAAAUCCAAGGCCUCUUGAAGUCACACAAACUUGAGAGAGUUUUUGUAGCCACUGAUGCCAUUGUUGAAGAGAUUGAAAAAUUGAAAAGACUGCUUCCAGAGAUGAUAAGAUUUGAACCAACUUGGGAAGAAAUAGAACUCUACAAAGAUGGAGGGAUAGCCAUUAUUGAUCAGUGGAUAUGUGCACAUGCCAGAUACUUUAUAGGCACUUCAGUCUCAACAUUUUCCUUCCGCAUUCAUGAAGAAAGGGAAAUUCUAGGUUUUGAUCCCAAAACAACAUACAACAGAUUUUGUGGAGAUGAAGAGAGAAACUGUGAACAGCCAACUCAUUGGAAAAUUGUAUAUUAAAUUAGUUUAGUCCAUGGAACUUUGGGCUCCGCAAAGCAAUGAGACAGUAUUUGGAAAUAAGAUUACUCUGAACACCACUUGUUUUUCAGUUCUAGUGUUAAGCACAAAUGAAUAAUAGAAGUUUUCUUCCCUCAACCAACAGUAUUCUUGCUACUACUGGCAGGUUUUCUAAGAGCACAGUUCCCCUCCCCCUUCAAAAUUAAUCAAUUGAUUUCCAAAGCAGUUAUGUUUCUAUAAAGUUAAAAUUUUCUAAAAACCUAACACCUUAUCAUAUAUUCCUCUUAUGAUCCGAAGAGCUUUUAUUACCUUAUACUUACCUUUCUAUAUUUACAAGACAGAAAUAUUUGUUUAGAUGUGAUUUUAUUUUUGUAAGAACUUGUUGGUAGCUCUGUAGGAAGGCCUUGACUUUUAUUUUUGAACUGGCAAAAAAGUACAAGAGGUCUGAUAAGAAAUAUCAAUUUAGUAACAGAUCUGCCGUGAAGAGUGAAAGGGUCUCUUCCAAUGUGUAGGCAAAUGUAAGUGUACAAUGAUUUACCCUGGGGCAAAAACCUUUGUUUUACUGAUAUGUUAGUGGAGUUUGAACUGGCAGUAAUUGACUGAGAAAGUGAUCAUAGUAUUGUGGUGGUAACUCAAUGAAAAUAAGCAGCUAUUAUGAAAAAAGCAAAUUCCAUGUUUGAGAUAAUUUGAAAAGCAAAAAUAAAACAAUGGUAAUCACAAUGCCUUCACCCAUGAGAUAAGCAAGAUUGGCAUUCUGUGUGCAGUUCUGGUCACUGCACAUCAAAGGAUCUAAAAGACAGAAAAAGUGCAGAAAAAGCAGACAAUGAAUGGCUGCUGUCCAAUAUAAGGAAGGAGAUGGUAGAGAAACACAUAGCUACUUUAAAUCAAUUUAAUACUCUAAGGCCAGAGCAAAUAUAUUCAAGACAACAAUGCUAUAUAGAUCUUUCUUUAUUCAUACUAGAGUAUCAAACAAUUUAAAAUAAUGGAGAUAUAGGCAGUAUUAAAAACAAAUUACAAUGUUACAGUAAUUAGACUAUUUUGACCAGGUGGGCUAUUUUAAUAGGGUUAUCUUGCCCAUUUACUAGAUUUUGUUUACACAUGCAUGUGCUUCAUUUCUUUAAUUUCUCCACAGUCACAGAAAAUUGGUCCUGUAUCCAAGUAGUCCCAUUUUUAUUUAAUUAUUUUUAAUCUUCCUGCUUCAUUUUGAAGUCUAUUAAGUGACUUCCCAUGCUCUAGCCAGAAUCUUAUCCUGAUGGGAGACACUCUGGCAUUCUUCCAUUUAGCUAGGUGUGCUUGCCAUAGAUUUAGCCUAGGCUCUUGUAAUUUAAUAUUUAGAGCUUGCAAUGUGUGUCAGUCAUCAUCCAGGGCAAUGGUUCCCAACCUUGGGUCCUCAGAUGUUAUUGGACUAAAACUCCAAGAAGCCUUCACCACUAGAUUUGCUGGCCAGGAUUUCUGGGCAUUGUAAGAACAUUUGGGGACCCAAGGAACCACUGGUUUCGGGGAUUGGAUGAGGUUGGUGCUGGAAUCUGAGAAUUUUUGUCUGUAAUCUUUGAGAAUUCAUAAAACAGGUAAGAUUUAAAAAACCCACGGUCAUUAAAAUCCAGUGAAAUAGUUAUGUUGGCAAUAGAACAAAUUUCAAUGAUGAAUUGCUGCCAGUUAAGAAGUUAGUGCUCACAUUUCUUGUUGUGUGCCAAGUGAUAUUAUUGGUGUAUGAUAAUAAAUACAACUGCCAGCUUGUUAA